GGGAUCGCACCCUCCGUGAAAGAUAACAAAGUAUUUGCCCAGAUGUCAGCUACUUCCAAUGAGGGAGACCAAAAGAGAAAGUCAGCUGUGAUGUGUCUAACAUGGAAAGGGUGAGGACUGCCUUUAAGAAAAAGCACUGUACACUCAUAUUUCCCUGUACUGAGACAUCUCUUUUGUUUUGUUUUCAUUUUUUUCCCUCUCCAUGCACUAAAUUGUCCCUGAAAGCAGAAGAGAGAUUUUGUUUAUCAUUUUCCACCCUGAUAGAAAGACAAUCUGCUGUCGCUGCCCAGGGGAUUAGUGUCCCGAGAUGGGAUUAUAAUGUAGCCAAAUAGGAAUUGAAUGGGGUGGAUAUGGAGUAUCUAAAAGAGCAGUGACCCUUUUCCUGGGAAGCAUUAGAGCAAGAGAUCAGUCUGUGGUCAUGACAUACUCAAGCCCUGGUGAGUUGUGCAGGAGAUCCCAAGUGCAGUUCAGGCGGAAGAAAUCUGUAGAGCCAGGGCCAGUGUUAUAAGAGGUCGGUGGGUGAUCCCCUUGUCGCUGUUGGCACAGGGCCCCUGCUUCAUGGAAAGGGAAGUCCUUCCUCAAUCUGAAUCCUGACACUUCUUAACAUGCAGGCUUGGGAAACCUGUGUUGGCAACCCUUUUUGCUUCCCAUCCUCCCCAGGAUCACAGGAAAAAGUUUGAUUGUGUGCAUUUUGAAUUCCCUCUCCCUGGCGAGGGGCCUGUUGCAACCCAUCACCCACAGGUCCAUCCUUAUGAUUUGUGGAGGGUGCUGGAUGGUUCCUGUUUGAUGAGGUCAUGUUGGGGGAUGAGGGGCCAGUGUCCACAUCUCUGCCUUGUUUGCCCAAAGGUGGCCUGGGUGAUUAGACUGAUGGCAUCCUGACGUCAGAUGAGAUCCGUUAAAAGGUAUUUAUCUCAGGCUUGGGCCAAAGCUGCGGGAGAGAUUAAAAGAGAUUGAGGCCAAGAUAAUCCCCUCGCAGCAUCCCACUAAAGUGGCUGCCAAAAGGCAUGCCACCAAAUCUUUUGCCACCCCUGGCCCCUGUGCCCAGUUCUGUUUUCCCCAUCCAGAGCCCUUUUUGCAGUUGAGAGAGGGUGUGGUGGCCCUGCCAUUGGUUUUCCCUUUGCAGGCCCUCUGUGGUGGCAUCAUCCCUCUUUCUACACUGCCCAGGACACAAGUGGCAUACUGUUCCUGGGAAAGCAGGAAUUCCUGUGACUGGGAGGUACAGCAAGCCCUGCACUGGUGGUUGAUAAUCCUAGGCUGUUCUGGCUAAUCUUUACUUUAUUAGUUUGUUGCUGAUAUAAGCAGAGGGAGUCAAAUCCGCCUGGGAUUGUUUCUUUCCCUUCAGGAGCAGUGUGCUACUCUCUCUUUUCACCCCUCCCCAUCCACCUGCUUUGCAUUACGUCCCAAUCCGAUUUCCCCAAGUCUCUGGUGUCUGAUUUAAUUUGCCUGACGCUGCUCCUGGAAUCAGCCCUCCCCCAACCCCUCCCGUCCACAGCCUUCCAGCUCCCCAUGGGGAGAUCAGUCCUGGGAGAGGCUGAGGAGCAGAGAGGGAGCAAGGGACUCGCUGGGUGGACGAACGGGACUGACUGGAGGCUGCAGAGGUACGAGGGACUUCUGGGCAGUGAGGACCCAUUCUCAGCAAGGGAGGCAGGCUGUAAGGGUCCCAUCGAGAGGGGGCUGCAACCCACCUUGCUCUGCAGAUCCUGGUAAGUUUGCUGCCUUGUGAUGCCUGAGGUCACCUUGGUGACUGGCAUUUGGAACCCUGAGUUUCUUGGAGUGAUUCUGUGGGGAACCUUUGAACAAGGGCUCAUCCCAUCAGAGGAUGAGGGAGGGUAAGAUCAUGGAAAGGAGUUGGGGUUAGCAUUGAGGUGCUACAGUGCUGAGGGGGCUUUGCACUGGGAUGGGGUUGCUUGUUCUCCACUUGGUAGGUAAAUCUCACCAGUUUCCAGACUGGAGUGGGAGGGUAACACCUCCCCUGAGCAACCUGGCACUCGCUGCUUGUACGCAGCCCUGCACUCCCAGUGCACCCUGUGCACACCUCUUUGCAGCUGGCUGCUGUUCCAGGUAGAGAAGGAGCCCUCAAAAGCAAGAAGCAGAGCAGGGUAAUUUUAUCCUGACCUUUGAUCUCCAUCACAGGAGAGAGGGAUCAUCUCUGUAUCCGGCUCUGCAAGGAGUCCAGGGUCACCAGGGCGAGCCUGUGAAGCUAGUCAGGGAUUAUGCAGAGACCCAGGGACACUGCCUAUUCACACUGAGUCCUUCUUCUUGCACCUUUCCCUUUUCCAUUCACAGCCUUCUCCCAACAUUUCACGGAGUGAACAAACCUUCCGCAGUGUGGGGGAAGCUACCCAGGAGCAGAUAAUAAGAGGGUUCACCUUGCUUCUUUUUCCCACACGUUACUUGCACCCUUAUCCCCACCAGGGAGUGAUGCAGGUGACUUGGAGGGACAGCUCCCAGGAGCAAGCUGGGCCACCUCCAUUGUGCAGGAGUAUGACCACUGCUCUGAAAAAUCAGGGUGUGGCAGCAAAAGGCAGAUGGAUGGAAGAUGGAUGAUUCCAGAUCCCCCUCUGCCUUGCACCACAGCAGAGGCACUUGAUCUUCUGUGAGCAGACACUGAAGGACUCAGGAUGGGCUUGGUUGCCCAGACAGGAGUGCUGCAGCAAGAAAUUUGUUAGAAAAGGCAGGAGUGAAAAAGAACUGUCAUAUUGGAGAGCAGAAGUGUGAUUUCAAAAGCCAAGAGCUGUGAACUGGAUGAGCACAGCUAAGGCAGAGCUCAGCAGUGCUGGCAUGAGCCAACCAAACCCAGGCUCUGUUUGGCUGUGCCAUGCUUGCUCCUUGGUGGUGCUUGCAGGAGGCAAAACUCUGGAACAGUGCCAAGGUCCUCCUGUCAGUAGCUGUGCUGAGAAUGGUGAAUUGUCUCUUUCAAAGGUACCUAAGGAUUUGGUUUCCUCUAGUGUUUAGCAUUCACCUGAAAGAGCCCUUUCUUCCAGAAAGCACCGAGUGUGCACCAUUUAGAAGCCUUUCCCAUUAAAACUGGCCUGGACAACCACCAUGAGCGACUGUAAGCUGAUCCUUAUAUCCACAAGAAAUCUGUAUCCCUAAGGUCCUGCUGAUCAAGGCAGGAAUGUGCCUUGGCCAAACUCCAUUUCCCUUUCCUCUGUUUUCCCCCCAUGUUGUUCCUCCCAUUUCAUGCCCUAAAUUUACAUGACCAUAACAAGCUGCUCUUUUGCACACCUGCCCUGGUCCUCCUGGGAGGCAGCUGCACUACGCUGGGGAUCAGGUAACCCAGUCUCCACAAAUUGCACUGGGAUGUGAUGGAUAGAGGUGACAGGCAAAGAUGGAGCUAUUAUUAUCGCUCCUCUGUGGCUCCUUGUCCUUCUGAGGCUGAGAACAAUUCCCAACUUCAUUUAGAUUUUUCCCUCAGAGGGAUUUAAAGGUUCGUACACAGUCCUGAGCUGCACCUUCUCUAUAUUUAGCCCUUUUUAUCCGUCCUCAACAUCCUGCCCCUGCUUUUGAUCUACCUACAGCUCCAAAAGCCCCUCAUCUGGUCGAGCAGCUUUACAGAGCAGUGAACUGGCAUUCCCUUGCUAGUGCCAGAGUUGAGAAAAAACCAGAGAAAGAGAGAGAGAGAGAGUAGUAAAAAAACAGAAGCAGUGAAAGGAAGGCUGGGAUCCAACAGGUAAUGAGGAAAACAUGUGCAGCCAGCUUCACCUGGAGCAGAAAUUGGAAAGAAGGAAGAACAAGGUUCCCAUCUCUGUGCUGGCCUGGGUAGGCAAAACCAGAAGUCUACAAAGGAAAAUUAGGCCAGGUGGAUGGACAGUGAUCUGAAAUAGCCAAAGGCAUAUGAAAUAACGGCCUGAAGAACUUGGAAACCAAGCAAAGAAGGCUGGAAGGAGAGAGUCAGAGAGAGGAGGUUACCUAGCAGGAAAAGGCAAUCCAAAGCUUUGGAUUGAUGGAUCCAUCCUAACAAACACUGGGAAAGGGCAAAAUGUGGGCCACAAUGGUUGGGCUAGCUGCACAGGGUGGCUGGAAGUUCAGGUGUGCCGCUUGGUGUGCUCUAGGCUGUGACCAGAGCUAGAUGGAGCCUUGCAGCCUGACUGUACUGAGGGACAAACACCACAGGAUAAGGAGGACGUGCAGCCUAUGACUGAAAGCUGCGAGGCUUUCCCCAGCAUCUCCCCACUCUGUCAGUCAGCUGAGAGGUGGAGUGGAACAUCAGCCUUUUCCCAAAGGAGGGGAAGUGCAGGAAGGUGGGCUUUCAUGGCCAGGGUCAUUCAGUGAGGUGCAGCUGUGUAUCCUUUUUGGGACGAUCCCCCUCAUGGCUGCUCCAUUGGAACAAGAGAAGAAAAGCCAGUGGGAUGGGCCCAGCUCAGGUGCUGGUCUGUUCCUAUCCUUCAGUGUAGCUGAAGGAGGCUGAGGCUGGCAGCCCCAGGCCAUGGCUAAGGCAAAUUCCUCUGGGCCAUGACAGUGCUGCCCCGAGCUGCUUUCCUGCUCCCUCACCAUUUGCUGGAGCUGGCAGCCCCAUCCAGUGCAUGAGCAGAGAGCAGGAAAGAGUCAGCAGUGCUGUGGCUCUAUCCAGCCUUGCAGGCAGCAGGCACAAGUCUCUCUCUGCAAAGUAUAUACUGAAAUAGCUUCCUGCUGGGAUAGCCUCCUAGGAGCAGGGGGAAACCUGUAUCUCGUUCUCUUUCCUCCACUUAAAGCCAUGCCUCAAGAAUCAUUGAAAAAGCAAAAACUCACUGUGCUUGGGGGAUCAAAGGAGAGCUGUGGAGACAUUCAAGGGAAAGAAUUCUUAAAGAAAACUCAAAGUGCUCUAGCAAGCAACAAGCAAAGGUGGCACUUGGGAACUGUCUGGAUGUGCUUGCCUGUAGCAAGAGAGCAAGUGUGGCAUGAAAGGACACAAAACCUCUCUGACCAGAGGAAAUGAGGCCUUCAGGCAACAGGGAUAGAAGUUAUGUGACCCAAAGCGACCGGGAGAAAUUCUCAAAUACUGCUGGAACAUUUCUUGUGCUACACCUGGAGUACAUCUGGACACUCACAUCUAUCUGGGUAAAAUGUUGAAGCAAUUAAAGAUACUUUUGUCUAUAAGAGUAGGAGAUGCUGGAACCACUGGUGAAGAUUUAAGUGCACAUAACAAGAAAGAGAGAACAAAACAGAUGUUGUAUAAUAAUACAGUACUCCUGCAUCUUAAAUAUGGAUUACAGUCCUGGUUCCCCACUCUCCCUGCAAAAACAUAUCAUCUCUGCUCUGUAAACAACUGAAAAAAAGCUCACAGAACAACAGAGAUAAUAGGAUGUAACAGCUUACACGGGAAGAAUAACUAAGUUUGCCCUGCAGUCUGGAAAAGAGGUGGGUGUGACAAAGAUGUGUAAAAUACCAAGUGAUGCAGAGGUGAAUAGAGACCAGAUAUUUGCUGAUUCUUCCAACUCAAAAUAGAGCUACUGUCAAGUGGAACUACUGCCACCGGGAAGUGAUAGAAGCAGGAAGUUCUUUGCAGAGUCUGCCACCCAGCUGUGGAAGUCAUCACCAUGAACUUGACAUGGGCACAAAGAUGGAGUGGAUAAAUGCACAGAAGAAAAGUCCAUCAAGGACUUCCACACAGUAAUGCUGCUCUAGCUUUGGUCAUCAGUGAAAAGCUGGGGCUGGGCAAGUAGGAGAUGUACCCCCAUCGGCUUAUGUUAUUCUUAGAUCCUUCCCUAGGGAUCCACCUUUUUUAAAUUUUUCUUUUGGUUUGCUUUGGGAUUUUUUUUUUGUUUUGUUUUGUUGAUUUGGUUUGGUUUUGAUUGUGAAACUGGAAGGGAACCCUGAGAGAACACCUCAACAACCCCAUAGAUUUUCUUGGGGAUCAGAGAGUUGGUGGGUCCUGCCUGGUGAGGCUUUGCUUAGGAGAAUCAGUAGGAAACAACCAAUGGACUCCCCCCAUCAAGUUUCUUCCUCCUGGAGCUGAGACGGACAGUUUGGCCAUGAACAGGGAGAAGCUGAUGAAGAGGACUCAGGGUUUGGAAUAGAGAGGUUAAAAAUGAGCAGACAUGUGUGGCCAGAACCUCAGCAAGACGCUCUGGAGUUCUUUAGCUUCUUCACAUGUAUAUAUAAGCAGGUUCCAAGACAAAAUGGACCUUUGACCAGCACAGUGUUCCCAAAUGCUAAGGGCUAUGGCCAGAUACAGCUGUGGCUGAGUAUUCGGCCAAGCAAUGGUCACCAAUCCUUUAUCAGAGAUACCUACAUUUCCAUAACUGAGCAAUCACCUUAGUGUCCUAACUCACUCCUCUCUCUUUUGAUUUGUCUCCCCAGAAUCCAGGCUGCCCCACGUGGAGGAGCCACCCCUAGGUCAGAAAGAUGGGGGAAAUGGAACAGAUGAAGCAGGAGGCUGAGCAGCUGAAGAAGCAGAUUGCGGAUGCCCGGAAAGCCUGUGCAGACACAACGCUUGCUCAGAUUGUGUCUGGAGUGGAGGUUGUUGGACGCAUCCAGAUGCGGACCCGAAGGACCCUGCGGGGACACCUGGCCAAGAUCUACGCCUUGCACUGGUCCACAGAUUCCAAACUUAUGGUCAGUGCCUCACAAGAUGGGAAACUGAUUGUGUGGGACACAUACACGACUAACAAGGUUCAUGCCAUCCCCUUGCGUUCCUCCUGGGUCAUGACCUGUGCCUAUGCCCCCUCUGGCAAUUUUGUGGCCUGUGGAGGCCUUGACAACAUGUGCUCCAUCUACAGCCUCAAGUCUCGUGAAGGCAGCGUCAAAGUGAGCAGGGAGCUCUCAGCCCAUACAGGAUACCUUUCCUGCUGCCGAUUUCUUGAUGACAACACUAUUGUGACUAGCUCUGGAGACACCACAUGCGCGCUCUGGGACAUCGAGACAGGGCAGCAGAAGACUGUAUUCAUUGGUCACACUGGAGACUGCAUGAGCUUGGCUGUCUCCCCUGACUUCAAACUCUUCAUCUCUGGGGCUUGUGAUGCUACUGCCAAACUGUGGGAUGUGCGGGAGGGCUCCUGCCGCCAGACCUUCUCAGGGCAUGAGUCUGACAUCAAUGCCAUCUCUUUCUUCCCUAACGGCGAAGCGAUCUGCACCGGCUCUGAUGAUGCCACCUGCCGCCUCUUCGACCUGCGGGCAGACCAGGAGCUCAUCACGUACUCCCACGAGACCAUCAUCUGCGGAAUCACCUCCAUUGCCCUCUCCCGCAGUGGGCGGCUUGUGUUUGCUGGCUAUGAUGACUUCAACUGCAACAUCUGGGACUCCCUGAAAGCAGAGCGUGUGGGAAUCCUUUCUGGCCACGACAACAGAGUGAGCUGCCUGGGAGUGACAGCAGAUGGCAUGGCUGUUGCCACGGGCUCCUGGGACAGUUUCCUCAAGAUUUGGAACUGAGGAUGCCAGCAGAGAGGGGAAGAGCAGCAGAAGCACGGCCCACAGCCCAAGCAAAACAGCAUCAUCAGAUGAGCACAGCAGAAACGCCUACCUACCACUCCCACUUGUCUCUAGACACAGGUCACUUGUAGGAGUCUCCCAGAGUGAAAGGGAAAGGAGAUCAGGGAGGAGAAGCAGGGGGAGCUGGGGAGCAGGAGCACAUGCACUGGCACUUCUCUCCACCUCUAAGCAGCCCAGCAGUUUCCAGCCUUGUGCAGGCUUGAAGACCAGUUCUUGAUAUCUCAGGACUUUGCAGUACAAUUCAGACACCCUACACAUUCCUUCAAACACCUCUACCCAUACUGAUACCCAUCCUUCUCCUUCAGAGGACCCCUGAUGCAACACCCCUGAGUAAGCUCUGUCCCUGCUUUACCUCUGCCUAACUUCUCUGUGCAGCUGUCCUGUAUCCAUGCAGACAGCCUCAGAGACACACUGGGUUUGAGGUUUCUAUGGCACCACCUCAAACAUAAAGCUAGUGCAAAUUUGGCUCAUUUCCAUGGGGGAACACUUAGCUCGAUUCCUAUCAACGCAUAAAAGGGGGAAAGGCAGCCUUCAGACCUGCCAGAAUAGCAGGGAAUAUAUUUAUUAUUUUCUUAGUUCAAGUCUUAUCUAUGCAGAAAUGGCAGAAAGGUAGCCCUCAAGACCUGCCAGAAUAUCAGGGAAUAUUGUAUUUAUUGUCUGCUUCUUGCUGUUCCUUCCCUCUUUGCCUCACUCCUGCAUUGUAUGGUAACCCUAUCUAACCAGUAGCCAUCAGCCCAUGUUUUCAAGUCUGUUUAGAUCUUCAUAGCCCAGGCAA